AUGUCGGGCGCGGGGCUGGAGAAGCCGCAGCUGAUCACGCACGUGCAGCAGUCGCUGAACUACACCGUGUUCGAGUGCAAAUGGGUCCCGUGCAGCGCGCGCCUCCUCUGCCUCGGCAGCGUCCCGCGCGGCACCGGCGUCAUCCAGCUCUACGAGCUGCAGAGCGGCCGCCUCAGCCUGCUGCGCGAGAUUGAAAAGGCCAAACCUAUUAAAUGUGGAACUUUUGGUGCUACAUCUCUACAGCAGAGAUAUCUAGCUACUGGGGACUUUGGUGGAAACCUUAAUAUAUGGAACUUGGAAGCUCCAGAGAUUCCAGUAUACUCUGUGAAGGGCCAUAAAGAAAUCAUAAAUAGUAUAGAUGGCGUAGGUGGCUUAGGGAUUGGAGAAGGAGCACCAGAAAUUGUGACUGGGAGCCGAGAUGGAACCGUGAAAGUGUGGGACCCAAGACAAAAAGAUACACCUGUUGCUAAUAUGGAACCAGUACAAGGCGAGAGCAAGAGAGACUGCUGGACAGUAGCAUUUGGCAAUGCCUACAAUCAAGAGGAGCGUGUUGUGUGCGCUGGCUAUGACAAUGGUGACAUUAAAUUAUUUGACCUAAAAAACAUGUCAUUGCGAUGGGAGACCAACAUUAAGAAUGGGGUUUGCAGUGUGGAGUUUGACAGGAAAGAUAUAAACAUGAAUAAAUUAGUGGCCACAUCGCUCGAAGGAAAGUUUCAUGUUUUUGAUAUGAGAACUCAGCAUCCAACCAAAGGUUUUGCCUCCAUUUCAGAGAAGGCUCACAAAUCCACCAUGUGGCAAGUUCGGCAUCUGCCACAGAACAGGGAUAUCUUUAUCACUAGUGGAGGAGCUGGGAGCCUUCAUCUCUGGAAAUAUGAGUACCCUGCUCAGCGCUCAAAGAAGGAUUCUGAAGGAGUUGAGAUGGGGGUUGCAGGUUCAGUCAGUCUCUUACAGAAUGUGACUUUGUCAACACAGCCCAUUUCUAGCCUUGAUUGGAGCCCUGACAAAAGGGGUCUGUGUGUCUGCAGUGCUUUUGACCAGACUGUGAGGGUACUGAUAGUUACGAAGCUCAGCAAAAUUUGACAAACGGAUUUUCAGGACGAAAGCGACAUAGUCUGAGGGGUGUAUAUAAAAGAGACUUUGUUAUUUAUAACUUGAAUGUCUCCUUUAACAAAGCUGGUUUAAAGAAUUAAAAAACAGAUCUUUCUAUUGAAAGUUCAGAUAAAUUGAGUUACAGUUGUUUGACUACAUACUAUGCUGCUGUUAGUUGGAAAAAGUUGCCUAGGCUUAACUUUUUUACCUUCUAAUGUAAAUUUACCUUUCAAAUAAAAUGUGCCUUCUGCUUAGUGUGUUUAAAAUAUCUGCAAGUUCAGAAAUUAUUUUAAACUGUAUCUUCUCAAUGUAAAUUGCUUUUUUUCUUCAGUAGCACUAUUCUGUUCACUCUUGUUAAAUUGUUUGCUUUGUAUGUUUUUAUCAUAUAUUUUUCCAUUCUUAGUUAUUAGGAAAACUAUCCUAUGAUCCAUCCUAGAAAAUACAUUGAAGGGAUAGUAAAUUUCUCUGACCUUACUUGACCAUAUUUGGCAGAGUAUGUUUGUUAAAGUGACUCAGAUUACUUCAAUACAUUUAAACACUUAUUUAAAAACUAAGGAUUUUUAAACUGAGGAUUUCAGAUUUUAAACAUGUUUAAUGAAUGACCCUUUUCAUGGAGAUGGUAUUGUAAUUAAGAUGUUCAGCAAAAUGAGCAGUUUUUGUUAUGGAUCACUUUAUAUUCUUCUGUUCAUUUUUAAUUAAUUUGUUACACACUAUCCUACAAUAAAAAUAUGUCGUGUGUUA